AUGCUCUCUAAAUUUUUCACCAAACGCUUCGGUCAAGUUCUUCGAUUCACACGUCGAUGUUACAAAAUGCCGAAUCCAUACCGCGAGUCCUACCGACCUGAAUAUGAUCCCAUUGUUAUUGCUGGUUUUGUCUUAUUUACUGCACCUGUAGUUUGGAUGAUCUACGAUAUUGCCUUCGAAACUGACAAGGAUAUUGAACCCAAAUAG